AUGGUUGCUUCCUAUGCUUUCCUCCGAGAUGUCAAGCCUUUCAAAACUUCCUGGAAAGUGCAAGUCUGUGUCCUUCAUACAUGGAGAACAGAUACAACACAAUUUGGUGAAUCAUUUGACAUGGUGCUCGCUGAUGCUCAGGGAACAAUGAUUCAUGCUACAGUGAAAAAGAAUCUGAUGAAUCGGUUCGAGAACAAGAUCACUCAAGGAGAAUGGAGAUCUGUUGAAAAUUUCGGGUUAAGUUUUGCCGGUGGCCAAUUCAAACCAACUGGUCAUCAAUACAAGAUGAGUUUCAUGACUCAAACCGUUGUGGCAAGGAUAGAACCUCUCUUUGACGAGCCAUACAUAUCUCUUUCCCGAUUUGAUUAUGUAAUAUCCGGGAACCUCAACCCAAACUUCCUAAUAGUGGUUAAUGUUGGUGCAAUGGAGACAAUAGAUGUUAACAACAAGCCAGCAAAAAAGAUUGAUGUUGAACUCAGGGAUGAGAGUGAUGUAAGGUUAACAUGUACUUUAUGGGGAUCAUUUGCUGAUCAAAUCUACGCUGCAUGUCAAGACGUCGAUGUGGAAAUGGUGAUUUGUCUUCUGAGAUUUGCUAAAAUCAAAAUCUACAAUGAUGUAAGGACAAUAGCAAAUGCUUUCAAUGCCUCACAACUCACAAUAAAUCCAGAGUAUGAUCAGAUUGUCGAGUUCAAGAAUAAGUUGCCAAAUGAUGGUCUUGCUCUCACUUUACUUGAGAGCAAACCAAAAUGUGAGCUACAGUUAGCAAAUAAUGGAGAAUUCUACGCUCAACAUGUGAAUGGGACCAUCCAAGAUAUCUUGAACUCGAUUGAGGUUGGUAAGGUUAAGCUGAUAUGUACUAUUUACGCCAUAGACUGUGACUGGGCGUGGUACUACAUUGCAUGUAAAAAGUGUAAUAAGAAGGUUUCCAAGAUGAAGUCUACUACUAAUGGAAAUGCAUCUGUUACAAAGAAACAGAAGUGGCAGUGUGAUACUUGCCAUGCACAAGUGACUAAUAUCUUAGCAAGGUUCAAAACACAUGUCAAGGUGAUGGAUCAAACAGGACAGAUGAAAUUAAUGCUUUUCGAUAGCCCAGCUGUUGAGAUUGUUGGUUGUACCGCUAACAGUCUAAUUGAAGGACCCUUUGAUGAGAUGGAAGAUCCAGAAAAUUUGCCAGCAGCUAUCAGGAAUUUGGUUGGGAAAACUUACCAGUUUCUGGUAAGCAUUGAAAACGACAACUUGUGGAAUGAGUUGGAUACCUACAAGGUUUCAAAAGUUCUUUCCAAGGAUGGUACUAACGAUGAUGAUGUGACUGAGCUGUCUCAUGGUGGAGAUAAUCCAACUGAUGAUAGCACCGGUGAUCAGGUAACCCUACUACUUAUAAGUAGUGAAGAAGCUUCUGAGUCUACCACUCCUUCUUCCAAGCGAUCAACCAGUGAUUCAAAUGUUCCUCUAGAUAAUGCUUCUGCUACCAAGAAACUUUGUUUGGAUCACAUCAAGGUUGUCAACAUAAAACAGGAGAAUCUCACAAAGGGUGAGAUUAUGGCACAGGCAAAGACGGCUAUUGCAGGGAUGGUAGAAGGAGGCAAUGGGGCUACUUACAAGAAGAAGUGA